UGUCUUCCCCGUGGCGUCAUCUGAGGUGAAAGGUAAAAAGGUCAGGAAAAGAGAGGCUCCUGUUGCCACUCCUGAGAGCCGAAGAGCCCGUUACCGCGGCGACGGCGCACACUGGCGAGGAAGAGCGGGACGAGUCCGCCCGGGCCCCGCUGCUCUCCACAAUGGCGCUGGAAGCGGCCCUGGCGGCUGUCAGAGCGUGCGACGAGGCCGAGAGCGUCCUGAGCUGCUUCAGUGAGCAGAAUAGGGCAACUUUCAAAUUUGAACCAUCAGACGAAGAAAAAAGAAAGGAACUGUGUGAAGAAAUACUGCAUCUACUGGACAAAAAUAUAAAAACUUCAUGUAAAGUAGCUUGCCUGGAAGCUCUUCGCAUACUUUCAAGAGAUAAACAAGUCUUAGUUCCUGUAACAACAAAGAAGAACAUGGAGGUCUUGAUGAAGCUGGCAAAGCUGGACACUGUGGAGGAUCCUUUGGAGGAUGUGACUGAUUUCCCUGUCAUAGUGGAAGCUUUAAAAUGUCUUUGUAAUAUUGUUUUUAAUAGCCCAGCUGCCCAGAAACUUAGUCUGGAGCUAAACUUAGCAGCUUUGCUUUGCAAUCUCCUGAGAAAAUGCAAGGAUCAACAAUUUGUUGAAGACAUUAAAUGCUUUGAUUUGCGCCUUCUCUUCCUCCUUUCCCUUCUGCACACAGAUAUCAGAUCACAGUUGCGUUAUGAUCUGCAGGGGUUGCCACUGUUGACUCGGGCCUUGGAAAGUAUGCUUAGCAUAAGAUGGACAGAUAAAUACAUCACAGCAGAAGAUCAAGAAAAGUCACCCUUAUCAUUACAAGAGGCAGAUUGUGCCAUUGAAGCACUGAAAGCUCUCUUUAAUGUUACUCUUGACAGCUGGAAUGUACACAGUGAGAAUGACUCUCAUGAAUUUCGAUAUAUGGCUGCCAUUCUGCGUCACUGCUUGUUAACUCUGGGCCCUAAUGAAGAAAAGACAGAAGAGCUGCACAGCAAUGCUAUCAACCUUUUAAGCAAUAUUCCAGUUUCAUGUUUGGAUGUACUUAUCAGUCCAUCAACUCAAGAGAGCACAGAGGAAACAGAUCUAAAAUACAAUGGCAUGAACAUGGAUGCAGUUCAGGUGCUAUUGAAGUUUAUGGAGAAAAGAAUUGACAAGGGGAGUAGCUAUCGAGAAGGACUCACCCCAGUUCUCAGUUUAUUAACAAGAUGCUGCCGAUCGCAUCGCAACAUAAGGAAGUUUAUCAAAGCUCAGAGUUCUGCUUGGUUUGAUAUAGAUGCAUGUGACUCAGUAUGGGAAUAUUGGCAUAAAAGGACAAAGAUCAAGAUUGGGACUGUUGAUGUAGUGAAGUGUCGUAUCGAUUUGGAGGUGUUGCCUCCCUUGAGAGAUGUAUCUAACCGUCCUGAAAUUGGCACAACGCUAAGAAACAAAUUAGUGCGCCUUAUGACUCAUGUCGAUUUAGGAGUGAAGCAGAUUGCUGCAGAAUUCCUUUUUGUUCUUUGUAAAGAGAGAGUUGACAGCUUGCUGAAGUACACUGGCUAUGGCAAUGCAGCAGGACUGCUGGCAGCAAGGGGCCUGCUAGCUGGAGGAAGAGGGGAAAAUUGGUACUCUGAUGAUGAAGACACAGACACCGAAGAAUACAAAUCUGCAAAGCCAAACAUUAACCUUAUUACAGGUCAUUUAGAAGAACCAAUGCCUAACCCUAUGGAUGAAAUGACUGAAGAACAAAAAGAAUAUGAAGCCAUGAAACUUGUCAAUAUGUUUGAUAAACUUUCUAGAGAUAAUGUUAUAACACCAAUGGGUGUUCGACCAGAUGGUACAAUGACUCCUUUAAAAGAAGUAGCCAGCCAAUAUCAAGCCAGUGAGCAAGCAAGUUCCGAUUCUGACUAGAAAAUCAACUGCUCUGCUUUGUCAUCCAUCUUCUCUUAACAGUCACCAUGUCUUUUUGUGUCUGCAUAUGAGAACCUUUAUUAGCAGAGUAUGGCAGCAAUUGUUUUAUCAGUCAACAUGUUUAAAUUAUAAAAACUAUGUGGUGUAAUUAUAUUAGCAUUUCUGACACCUCAAUUUAUACAGCAACAAAAAAAGUUUAUUAACUUUCGUUCACAGUAUUUAAAGUACAAUGUAAAAUAGAUAAAAAUGUGUGUCACACUCUUCCUUUUUUUAAAAAAAAUAUUUAUUUUAUGCCUUACCCAAAAGAAAGAACUGGAAUGUCUAAAUUAAGAAAUUAUGAGAAAUUAAUGAGAAACUGAGACAGUCAACCUGUCAUUUUGGGUAAAAAGCAGCUACCCAACAGAUGCAUAUAUUUAAUCACCAUUGGUUACACUCCUACUAUUAAUUGAUCCUUGCUGUUUCACUUUAAAAGUCUCUAAAGCAGUGUCAACACUUGUUAAAUCAGUCACUUUUACUUAUUAAUUAUAAAUAAAUUUUUUAAGUGCUUUUGUAUUACUUUUGCUCAAGGACAAACAAGUAUUUAAUCAGGAUAUUGCAUUUGUUGCCAGAUUCAGGUUUGGGAAAAGGCUUAACUCUCCAGUUAGUAAUAAAGAGUAUCAUAGUGACUGAUCUUAUUAAUCAUUCCAAAACACACCAUCUGACCUCUGCACAUUUUCUGAAAAUUUAAAUCACAAUUGAUAAAAUUUUACAGGGUGAAGGGUUGGGCAAUUGCCAUGUGAAACUUGCCUUUUCUGUUACUGAGUUACAUUUUUUUAAAAAAUAAGUACCUAUGUAUGGAAAAAGGGAAGACAAUGUGUUUUGAAUCAUGUAUUGGGAAAUAUAAAUGAUAAGAAGUGAAUGAUGUGUUGCAAUCUAUGAAUAAAACUUUAUACACAAGACAUGUAGCACUCUCAUGC